UUCAAAGGCGAACGCAAACAGUUCUCCGCCGAAGAGAUCUCGUCGAUGGUGUUGACGAAGAUGAAGGAGACGGCGGAGGCAUACCUCGGCCGCCCUGUGACCGACGCCGUGGUCACUGUUCCCGCUUAUUUCAACGAUAGCCAACGCCAGGCCACGAAAGACGCCGGCGCUAUAGCCGGACUCAAUGUGUUGAGGAUUAUCAACGAACCGACCGCAGCGGCCAUCGCCUACGGACUCGACAAGAAGACGGGCGGCGCGAGGGGUGAGCAGAAUGUGUUGAUCUUCGACUUGGGCGGCGGCACGUUUGACGUGUCGGUGCUCACCAUCGAGGGCGGCCUCUUUGAGGUGAAGUCGACCGCAGGGGACACACACUUAGGCGGUGAGGACUUCGACAAUCGAAUGGUCGCUCACUUCGAGAAAGAGUUUCAGCGCAAACACAAAAAGGAUUUGUCGGCGAAUAAGCGGGCGGUUCGACGACUGCUGACGGCCUGCGAGCGGGCGAAGCGAACCCUCUCAGCAUCGAGUCAGGCGUCCAUUGAAAUAGACUCACUCUUCGAGGGCAUCGACUUCUACUCGACGAUCACGAGAGCCCGCUUCGAGGAGUUGUGCGCCGACCUCUUCCGGCAGACCCUCGAACCGGUCGAGAAGGCCCUCCGCGACGCCAAAAUCGACAAAUCGGGCGUCGAUGAGGUGGUGCUCGUGGGCGGCUCCACACGUAUUCCCAAAAUCCAGAAACUCCUUCAGGACUUCUUCGGCGGCAAAGAGCUCAACAAAUCCAUUAAUCCGGACGAAGCCGUGGCCUACGGGGCGGCCGUUCAGGCGGCGAUCCUCACCGGCGACACCAGCUCUGCCGUUAAGGACAUACUGUUGCUCGACGUGACGCCCCUAUCGUUGGGCAUCGAGACGGCCGGCGGUGUCAUGACUAACCUGAUCGCCCGCAACACGACUGUCCCCACACGACAGACCCAGAUAUUCAGUACGUACGCCGACAACCAACCGGGUGUUCUCAUACAAGUGUUCGAAGGGGAACGGGCGAUGACUCGCGACAACAACCUGUUAGGUAAGUUCGACCUGACAGGCAUACCGCCGGCGCCCAGAGGCGUACCCCAGAUUGAGGUGACGUUCGACGUCGACGCCAACGGCAUACUCAACGUGUCGGCCGCUGACAAGAGCACUGGUAAACAGAACAAGAUCACCAUAACCAACGACAAGGGAAGGCUAUCGAAGGCAGAGAUCGAGCGUAUGGUACGGGAGGCCGACCAGUAUAAAGAGGACGACGAGAGACAGAGGGAUCGCAUUCAGGCGAAGAACGCGUUGGAGGCGUACGCGUAUGGCGUGAAGUCGGCCGCUGAGGACACAGCGCUCAAGGGAAAGGUGUCCGAUGCGGACCGACAGAAGAUUUUGGUGGCAGUGGGAGAGGCGCUCAAGUGGUUGGACUGCAAUCAGAUGGCGGAGAAGGAGGAGUUCGAGUACAAGCAGAAGGAGUUGGAGGCCAUCUGUAAACCCAUUAUCUCGAAGAUCUAUGAGAGCGCCGGCGGACCCGCAGGUAGACAGGGGUCGACCGGUGGCGAUGGAAAGGGACCCACCAUUGAAGAGGUCGACUAA